UAAGACUUCGAUAACAAAUAAUGAAUUAAUAUUUUCCAAAAAGAGAAUUUUACCACAUUGUUAUCAUAUUUUUGAUUGUGGUUUGUGGUUGUAUCGGGACUGGGUAAGCUCUAUAUUUCAGGCCACAAUGGAUGACAAAGAUAAAGCUCAGCAUAAUAUGAUAUCCAAUUUGCCUCUCCUGUUUGCAAAUGGGUACCCAACGUCGCUUGAAAAAAUAACCGAAUCGCAAUUGGAAAGUUUUAUUCCAUUUAUGGUACAAUGCUCUUUGGGACACAUAAACUUACCAAAAAAAAUUGAUUGCAGUGAGCCAGAAUGGUGGCCGGAAAACGCACCAUUUGGAAUUCCGUUAAAAAAACCAAACGAUUUUGUUGGGAGCUGGAUGGAAAAAAUGAAAGAAAUUGUAGUUAUUUGCUAUCAAUUUCACAAAAGCCUAUUUCUAUUACGGUUCUGUAAUGAUUUAGCUGCGUAUGAACAUGCAAGCUUACGGUUUAUAAACAAUUAUAAUUCAACAACAUCGCUAUAUGAUAGGAGAAACAACAAAUUGUUGGUAACAUUUAGGAAUGAAAACAUGUCAUAUGACAGACAGCAAAAAAAUAGAAAAUGUCUGUUACUUCAAAAAAAUAUGAAUACAUCAAUUGAUAAUUUACAACAUAUGAUGGUUGAACCACCACCUUUUGAUAUAUAUCUUUGCGACAAUUGUGAUGCCGAACUAUAUUCUAAACAAGCUAUAUUGGAACACGAAAAUGUUUGCUGCAUGGAGGAUGAUGUAAUAGUUUGCGACUCCCCGGAGCCUGAAAUAAAACAUGAAGGCAAAAAUGAAAACAACGAAUUGCGAAAUGCGUUUCUUUUGAAUUUUAAUCUUCAACCAAAAUGUUCGGAAUCUCGUUUUUCGAAUGAUUUACAAAAAACAUACCUAUUUUGUGAAGAAACAACCAUGGACUCAACGGGGAGAAAUAGACGGCUACCAUCGCGAAGAAAUCGAAACGUACAUUCAUUUAAUAGGUGCUCGUUUAUCCCAAUAUCAUCUCCCGCAGGACAAAAACUUUUAAAGUCCACAAAACAAACAGUAUCUGUGGAAUAUAUGUCCGAGAGGCAGGAACGUCUUGAUCGAUUUUGUUACACUCCCUUAAUCUUAAAGUCAAGUACCAAACAAAAAUUAUUCGAAAAGAAAACAAGCGCUAACCACACUCAUUGUACUUUUAAAAAAACCCACGAACAUAAUUUGCAUAUAUAUUCAUUUCCCCGCCGACAAUUUGGAAAACGAAGGGAUACAACUCAAAACUUUUUGUUUCUCAAUUCUCCGUUACUUAAGCAAUGCCGUCCAAUGUCAGUCAGAUUAAAAAAGAUUUCUGAACAUAAACUGGGAGAACAGAUGCCCAAUUCAAAUGCAAAACUUAACAUAAGACUAACUCGCAAUAAUUCGCUUAACUCUAAUUGGUCAAUUUCACCAGCUAGCGAGGAUAUUGUAGACACUAUUGAUUUAUGCUCAUCAGAUGAUGAGCAACAAGAGCAAACUAUUGUAUACCCGAAAACACUUGGCAGUGACUCACUUGCUAUAAUAUCACUUACGCCUAAUAACAGACUGUCCAGUAAAAUGGCGGAUGUCUUAAGCCGAAAAAAAUGCCAUUUGCAAUCACAAACGCAAGCGGAUAACUCCAUCAAACCACUGCAACAAUCUGUGUAUAUAUUUUCCAAUUACAAGGCUAAUUCAGUUUUAAGUCGCUGCGCGGCUGAUUCGAAAUUAAAUCCUUCAUUAGUUACUUCUUUAAAUUCACCAGAUACAUUUCCAGAUUCUCAUAUUCACCCAAAAGAAUGUAAUCAAGAGAACUGCAAUUUUUCAAAGAAUUUAGUAGCUGUGACUGAUUGGUACGCACACUCAACUACUUCCGAUAAGACGCCAAUUAACCAAACAGCUGAUAGUAAUACAUUUGAAUCACUUUCGGCAGCCCAACCUUACAACAGUAGUGCGCGAAUAAUUAUUGAUUUGACAACAUAAAAACUGUAAUCACUAAGUUAUUAAAGUAAAUUGUUAUUUUAAAAGUACAACACAAAUAAUCACUGAAAAGUAUUCCUCGAAACAUUAAAAUUUCAUCAAAA